AUGUGUCAACGAGAAGUUCAUCGUGGUAAUGCAACAACAGAGAAGGUGUAUGAGCUGAUGCCUGGGACAAAGACGCAGCAGGAUGCUCUGAAAGACUGCAAGAGCAAAGGCAGAGAUCUGGCAAGUAUCCUUAACCAGAAAGAACAGGAAUCCUUUGAUGAGUCCACCACCUCACCAAUUACCACUAGUAAAGGACAGUCCACCACCUCACCAACUAUCACUAUUAAUGGACAGUCCACCACCUCACCAACUACCACUACUGACAGACAGUCCACCACACUACCAACCUCAACUUCCAGUGGACAACUGACCUCAUCAGGUUUCACCUCCCCAAACAAUCAGCCAACAUCCUCCCCCAGUAGUACAACUUCUCCACUCCAUCCUAAUUACCUGCACUUCUUCAACGAGUCCAAGAGCUGGAUCAAUUCCCUGAAGUUCUGUAAAAGUCGUGGCUCCAAGUCUAACCUGGUGCAAAUCACCAACCAGACUGUGCAUGCUGACGUGACCCAGCUCCUGGCCAACGUGGAGCUGCAAUGUGGGGAAGUGUGGAUUGGUCUGGAGAGGUCCAUCUUUGAGUGGAACGCCCCCUGGCUGUGGACCAGUAGUGAUGUUGAUAAGGUGGUGAAGUACAGUGAGUGGCACAGCUGCUUCCCCCUCAACCCCAUCAAUUACCAUUGUGGUAAGAUGGUCCGGGUUGGUAACGGAGAACUGAAAUGGCUGGAUGCUUCCUGUCAUCAGGAAUUACCCUUCAUCUGUCAAGAUCUCCACUAGAGGGCUCUACAUGGCAGCCUGGACAGUCUGCAGACACUCAGGGUCUGGAAAGGCCCUGCAUUUCAAUUCAUUAUAUUAUUAAACCACUAUUACUAUUAUUACUAUUAGAAUUAUUAUUACUAUUUUUACUAUUACAUUAUAUUACUUAAUGAUACUGUAUGUUUACUCAUAACCAUGGAUGGCUAUGACUGUUAUUAACUGUACUAAUUUGAUUGUUUAAAAGUAGAGUAGAUAAAAGUAAAGAAAAUAUUAUUCAAAUUAAAAUGUAGUAUUUAGCUUUUUGUGUGAUCACUGUAGUUUAUUGUUGGAGACAGCUACAUAGUUAUAAUGACAAUAUUGGUAUUUUUUAUGUAUGCAUUUCAUGCUAUAACUGUGACUUCUGUGAAAUUGACACGGCUGCAUUGAUGGCCAUAUUGAUGCAACAAGGUGCCAUAAACUCAAAUCAACUGAACCAUUGAGCUUUGCAAAAACAUGCAUUGGAGACAUAAUCCCAUUUUCAUAAAAAAA